CUUACGAUAGAGUCACCGCACCACUGCCGCGAGUUGAAGCUGCCAAUUGGGUAGAGGUCGAGGAAGAAUGUAUCGAUUUUUGUCAAUGUUCACACCUCCUGCGCCUUUGAUGUCGUUCGUGUCUCCCACAACAGCAUUCCCAACGACUGUCGUUGCACCGCCACCGCCGCUCGAUACCCUCGCCGCCUUGGAAGACACAAAGAUCGCUCCACAACCAAGUCUCGUUGCAUCCCUAGCCGUCACGACAAAGAUGUCGAUACCUACUGCUCUUGUUGUCGUCAUUGGUCCAUCGCUGCGGAAGAUUAAGAGCUUUUCGAGUUCACCGAUCGCUCCACCUGUAGGCGCACCUGAACCGCGAUCUAUCGCCCUUGAGCUGGAGUCACGCCUUGAAUUAUCAGUCAAGAUCGCUCCUGUUUCAGCAUGCCUUGCCAAAAAGAAGCACCAUGAGAGUUAGCCGCAGUCCCUAUUGGUUAGCAACCGCCCGCAUCAACUACAUGGGUAUGUCCUAUCAAUGGGAAUCGACUUAAUCCCCAAUUGUGUGAUUCCUAUUCGAUGCAUAGUCAUCUUAGGAAAUAUAAACCCUUGGCGGUUUAGAAAGAAACUCCCCGGAACAGUAGGGCUAUGGGGUAUGGAUGCCGACUUUCUUUAUUGGUGGAAGAGAAGGAAGAAGGAUAUUGAGGAGGAAGACAAGAGAGUAGAAUUUGAACGUAUGGAAGCACUCCCAGUCAAGUCUUUGGACAAAAAAAUUCCACUAUCAAACGCAUCUUAUACCGCCGGAACGUUUAGAAUUUGAUGGGGCGGUGAUGGGGUGGCGGCAGCAGCUGUUUGUCUACUCAAAUAAACGCGUAAGGCUAAC